AUGGACCCAAUUUCGAUCCAAAUCAUCCUUCACUCCUCAGAUGCACUUGACAUGAGUUUGGUGAAUGCUGUUUUCGAUGGAAGAGGCUAUCAGGGCUGGAAAAGAUCUCUCUUAAUAGCUUUCUCAGCAAAAAGCAAGUUGGGCUUUAUAAAUGGGAAUUGCCCAGCUCCAGCUCCAGCUCCAGCUCCAGCUCCUACUUCCAAAGACUUUCAACCAUGGAGUAGAUGUAAUGAUAUGGUUACAUUCUGGCUGCUGAAUUCUCUCUCCAAAGAUAUUGGAGAUGGUGUAAUCUACUCCAAAUCUGCAAGGAAUUUAUGGACCAGUUUGGAACAUAGAUUUGGACAGUCCAAUGGUGCAAAGUUAUACCAUCUACAGAAAGAAUUAGCUGGAUUAACUCAAGGAACAUUAUAUGGUCAGGCUAGAGGAAACAUAAUCAUGAUGAACCCUCUACCCAGUAUUGACCAUGCUUACUCACUGAUUAUACAAGAUGAAAAUCAAAGAGAGGUGUAUGCUAACCCCCUUGUCUCUACUGAUACUUCAUCUUUCAUGGCAAUGAACCAAGAAAAUCUUCAAGGACAGGGUACUUUUGCAGGGCAUGCAAACUUCCCACAAAGAAAUGGGAAACAAAAAUUAUCAGGGCAGUUUCAAAGAACUGCAAAUAGUUUUCAGAAGACUAGAAAUUCAGCACAAAAACCAUCAUUCCUUAAGGCAAAGAAGACAAAGUUUAAUCCAAAUAUUUCAUGUUCCUACUGCAAGAAAAUAGGACAUAGUAUGGGAGACUGUUACAAAUUAAUUGGCUUUCCAGAGGAUUUUGAGUUUGCAAAUCCAAAAAUAGGUCAGGGAACCAUAAAAAGAAAUGGUGCUAUUUCAGGAGAAUAG